AUGGGAAUAUGCUACUCGUUGGACAAUCAGGAGGAAGGCAGGCCAACAUCGCAGGCGAACCAACAAAACCGAGCUUACUCUACCAAGAUUCCAACAAAGGCUCGUCCAGACUUGCCAACUUACAUCGCUUUGUACAGCUACCAUGCUCGGACUGAAGACGACUUGUCUUUCGAACAGGGCGACCAUCUGCGAAUUCUGGACAAUACGCGCGGCGCCUGGUGGCUUGCUGAGCUACUCUUGUCCAAAAAUCAUAUCGGUCAGCAGGGCUACAUCCCCUCCAACUUCGUCGCCAAGCUCAACUCCAACGAGAGCCAUCUUUGGUACGUCGGACGCAUCCCCAGACAGGCAGCCGAGCGACAGUUGAUGAACAAUCACAACUCCAUUGGAAGCUUCUUGAUUCGAGAGUCUGAGUCCAGACAGGGCGACUUUUCACUCUCCGUCAGAGAUGUAGACGAUGUCAAACCAUUGAUUUUCCUUUAUUUUUCGUUGUUGAUUUACAAGACAGCGGCGUACAAACAGGGUCUAACCAGCAGCGAGCAUUACAAGAUUCGGAAAUUGGACGGAAACAGCGGAGUUUAUAUUGCCAAAAGGGUCGUCUUCCCAAACUUACAGUUAUUAGUACAAUACUACCAGUCGAACGCGGAUGGACUGUGCUGCCAGUUGACCUCGUCGGUGGCGCAGACUGAGAACGCACCGAUUACAGAAGGCUUGAGCUACAGAGAUGAAUGGGAGAUCCCGAGGGAGCAGUUAACUCUCCACCGGGAGAUCGGAUCAGGCCAAUUCGGAUGCGUCUACGAGGGACAGUGGAAUGGAACGCAUCAGGUCGCGAUCAAACAGCUCAAGAAGGGGAUGAUGGACUCGCAGGACUUUCUGAGGGAGGCAAAGAUCAUGAAAGAACUCAAACAUCCGCGACUGAUUCAACUUUACGCCGUAGUGACUGUAUCAGAACCAAUUCUCAUCGUUACCGAACUCAUGCCAAACGGAGCGCUGAACAAGUUCUUGCAAACUCCUGUUGGCCAGACAUUAUCGCAAAUGGAGCUGAUGAGUAUGGCUGAAAUGGUGGCGGACGGGAUGAGUUAUUUAGAGUCAAAGAACUUCAUCCAUCGCGAUUUGGCUGCGCGCAACAUCUUGGUCGGCAACCACAACAUUUGCAAAGUUGCUGAUUUCGGCUUGACGCGAGUGAUGGUUGGCGCGGAUGACUACCAGCCCAGGGACCAUCAAGCUCGUUUGCCAAUAAAGUGGCUGGCUCCAGAGGCGGCUCAUUACAACAGAUUCUCGACGAAAUCGGACGUUUGGGCGUUUGGCAUCGUCCUAAUGGAGAUAAUCACGCGCGGAAGAGUUCCCUACCCCGGAAUGAGCAACACAGAAGUACUAGAAAAGAUCCAAAUUGGAUACCGUAUGCCCAAGCCAAUCGACUGUCCCGAGCACUUGUACAAUAUUAUGCUGGAGUGCUGGCAGUCGCAGCCGGAGAAGCGGCCGACCUUCGAAACGCUCAUGUGGCAGCUAGAAGACGGGGCGCCCGAGUCCGGCUACCGAGAAGCCGAAAUGUUCAUGCGAUGA